CCAGCGACAGAUGCUGCCGGCGAGCGGCUGACGCAAAGCCGAGCAGCGGGCCAGAGAGCGGGCUUCACAGAGCCGCCGGAGCCGCUUUGUUCAACCAGCGGGCUGAGGCGGACACAGCGGAGCCGCUGGGCCGGUUUACCGCCUGAAUGUUCGGGAUACCGUUUAUACCGGCGACUGGAAACUAGUAAUCCGCCAGGAUAUAUCGAUAAGGGAUCGGCAGUUGGAGGGGAUCGAUGUAAUUUUUGUCAGGAAAGUAAAAUGGAGACCGCCGGCCGCUCCCGGAGACCAUAGAGCGACAGUCAGCGGUUCCUCCUGCUGCUUCUGUUAGCAGCACUUCUGCAGAGCUCGCCCCCCCACCCCCCAUCUGAGGAGACAUCAUGUCAGCGGCUCAGACCCAGAAGGAGGGCGGCGAGGCGGGCUGGGGCUGCCUGGAGGCUCUGGGUCUCAGUCAGAAGGAGCUGGUCCUGGCCGAGGCCCUGCAGAUGGAGUACGACGCCCUCUCCAGACUCAAGCAGGACCAGAGUGGCACCCAGACCGGGACCAUGACCGGCCAGGCUGGCUCCAGAACCGCCAGCCAGACCCGCUCCAAGAGCCCGGUACCCUCCAUCGAACGGCCCCACCUUGCCCCCAACCAGCCCCACCCUGCUCCCACGGGAGGAGGCCUACAGAGGGGCCUCUCUGGAUCUGACUCCUCCCUGAACCAGCCUGGAGGGUCCCAGUCUCCGUGCUCCCCCCCAGCCAGGGUGCCCCCCCCUCAGGGAGGCUUCAAAGACUCCCUGUACAUCCUGGACAGCCUCGGGGACUCACAUGGAUCUGGGUCAGGGUUUCUACCUAAAGGCUUCCCCUCUCUUCCAGACGACGUGCCCCCAGCCAUCCCACCGAGAAACCCCCUCCCCCCGUUGUCAGGGCCCGAGAACCCCCCCUUCCUACCCCCACGGGGGUCUGUCGCACCUCGUGACGUCAACCUGUUCACGCCUGACGUGGAUCGGCCCAAAGUGAGCUCCGGGGAGCUGAACUACGACAACAUCAAUGACUCACUGUCCCGCCUCAACGGCCAGCAGGGGCCCCGAGGUCGCAGGGUCAACGGGGACCAAUCAGGGAAGCCCGUGGCUCGGAGUAAGACCCUCCCCCCUCAGGUCCCUCCCAGGACUUACGUCCCGGUUCCCAAGAGCAACAAGAACCAGCGGCGGGUUUCUGCAGACCCGGUGUCUCUGGGCUCCAGGAUGAACGGGUUCGGAUACGAACUGUUCCAAGUGUCUGAGGAGAGAGACGAGGAGGUGGCGGCUUUCUGCCACAUGCUGGAUGUCCUGCGUUCGGCGUACCCGCACAGCGACCGCUCCAAGAACGCCGGCUUCGUUUGGUCUCCGUCAGUCGGCCAUGAGGAGCUGCAUCAGGGUCUGGGCGUCAGCGUGAAGGUCACCAUCAUCAGCGAGCACUUCAGAGAGCCGCUCACCUUCACCUGCGACGGUUCGUCCACCGUGGACCUGCUGAUCUAUCAGACGCUGUGCUACGCGCAGGACGACCUGGAUCACCUGGACGUGGACGACUACCUGCUGAAGGUCUGCGGACAGGACGAGUUCCUCCACAAGUAAGAACUCUGCCGUCUGUGCUGCUUUUGC